GCCGGCUGAUCGCCUGUGGCUGCGACUUCCUCUCUGUUGUGCUGAGCACUAUGGUCCAGAGCUACUUGAAACACGGGCCCACAGAGGCAUUCGGGCUCGUCUGUAGCUCGUCUUCGAGCUCCCACUAUGACGGCAAGCUCGCGUAUGUACCAGCCCUGGAGGAUGUCCUGGUAUGGGACGUGAAGAAGGGUCAGAUGAUCGCGAUGUGGCACGAGACAGGCCAUCGAGCGGAGGUCACUUGCAUCCUCCGUUCACCGCAGAAGGAUACCUUCGCAGUGGGUUACGCAGAUGGAUCCAUUCGUCUAUGGAGCGCGUCAGAGAAGUCUGUCAUUGCAACAUUCAACGGUCAUAAGAAAGCCAUUACCGCGCUUGCCUUCGACGACGCUGGUGCUAGGCUCGCGUCGGGCUCGCAAGACACCGACCUCAUUCUGUGGGAUGUCGUCGCGGAAGCUGGCCUGUUCAGGUUACGUGGUCAUCGGGACCAAGUCACCGCUAUACGUUUCAUCACAUCCGCUUCUCCCGCACAACCGUCCUCCUCCUCUGGAACCACUCCAGGCUACCUCCUUACGUCCUCAAAGGAUACCUUCUUGAAGCUAUGGGACCUCGGUACACAACACUGCAUACAGACUAUCGUCGCUCACCGUUCCGAGAUCUGGACGCUCGACGUGGAUAGCAAGCACGAGUUGGUCUUCACGGGCAGCGGAGAGGGCGAGCUCAAGGCGUGGAAGAUCGACCAUGACGCACUUGCAGAGGGUCUGCGAGAGACUGAGAAUGGCGAGGUAGCAAAGCUCAUCCAUGCAGUCGCCCCGCUUCCAUUAGCCUCCAACCACCGAGUAUCACAGAUCACUUUCCACCCAUCACGCCCUUAUCUUGCCGUCCAGUCGCAUGACCGUACAGUCGAGCUCUUCCGCAUCCGCAAUGAGGACGAAAUCCGCAAGAAGCAAGCGCGGCGUCGUAAGCGACAGAAGGAGAAAGAACAAACAAAAGGCAAGAAGCCUACCGAGCACGAUGACGAAGCCCAAAUUCAAGUGGACGGAGACACAGAGGACAAAGACAAGGAGAUUGAGCUCGCUGACUUGUUCACGCCCUACCUCGUCGUGCGCGCGUCAGGCAAGAUCCGCUCGUUCGACUUCGCCGAAGACGAUGCCUCAAGGGCGAAGGGCAACACGCAGCUUUUUACCGCGCUGUCGUCUAACGCUCUGGAGGUGUACAGCAUCCCCCCUCCGACGAAGAGCAAAGACGUCGUACCGGAGGCGACCCGCAUCUAUUCUGUUGACCUGCCGGGUCACCGGACGGACGUAAGGACGAUGUGCCUGAGUUCGGACGACAGCCUGUUGGCGUCGGGCUCGAAUGGGUCGUUGAAGAUAUGGAACAUGAAGACGACGUCGUGUAUCAGGACUAUGGAGUGUGGACAUGCGAUCUGCAGCACGUUCCUUCCGGGUGACCGACAGGUCGCGGUGGGAACGAAGUCGGGAGAGAUCCUUAUCUACGACGUCGCCUCUUCGACACUCGUCGAGACCGUCAAAGCGCAUACGUCUACCGUAUGGUCGAUCCACGUCCGCGCAGAUGGACUAGCACUCGUCAGCGGCAGUGCGGACAAAGAUGUCAAGUUCUGGGAGUUCGAGUCAAAAGCUGCGGAUAGUGACAAUCCACGGAGUACUAGACUGUUAUCGCUAGUACAUGUCCGAACCCUCAAGAUGACAGACGACGUGCUUAGCGUGCGGUAUAGCCCGAACGGCAAGUUCCUGGCAGUAGCAUUACUCGACUCAACUGUGAAGGUCUUCUACCAAGACACACUCAAGUUCUUCCUCUCGCUAUAUGGUCACAAGCUCCCAGUGCUAAGCAUGGACAUCUCCCCGGAUAGCAAGCUCAUUGUUACGUGUUCGGCGGAUAAGAACGUUAAGAUUUGGGGCCUCGACUUCGGCGACUGUCAUCGCUCGCUUUUUGCGCACGACGAGAGUGUGAUGCAGGUGGCCUUCGAGAAAAACGACGUCCGAGAGCUCGAUGCGAAGCCGAGUCAUUAUUUCUGGACUGUCGGCAAGGAUCGUAUGGUGAAGUACUGGGAUGGGGACAAGUUCGAGAACAUCCAGAAGUUGGAGGGACAUCACGGAGAGGUGUGGGCCUUAGCCGUCAGCAACACCGGCAAGUUUGUCGUCACAGGCUCGCACGACAAGUCCAUCCGAGUAUGGGAGAAGCUCGACGAGCCGCUCUUCCUGGAAGAAGAGCACGAACGCGAGCUCGAGCAGCUCUACGAGUCCGGCAUCGCUGACACGCUCAACCGGAAUGACGCCCCGAUCGGGAGCGGCGCGGACGACGCGGACCCCACGCUCGCACAGGGCGCAGAGGCGACCACCGUCUCGAAGCAAACGACGGAGACGCUCAUGGCGGGCGAGCGGAUCAUGGAGGCGCUCGAGCUCGCGGACGGCGAGAUCGCGGCGCUACGCGAGUACGAGGAGGCGAGGGCAGCGGGCGGGCUCGGCGAGCAGGUCGCGCCGCCCCCGCGGAACCCGGUGCUCGCGGCGUAUGAUGUUGAGCCGGAGGAGUAUGUGUUGAGGGUGGUGCAGAAGGUGCCGGGGACGGCGCUGUAUGAUGCGUUGUUGGUGUUGCCGUUUGGGAAUGUGGUGAGCUUGAUGAAGUAUUUGAACGUCUGGGCGCAGAGGGAUUGGAACAUCAUCCUCACGUCAAGGAUCAUAUUCUUCCUCCUCAAGACACACUACCACCAGAUUGUUGCCAACCGCAUCAUGCGCACAGCUCUCAUUCCAUUGCGCAAGCACCUUCGUGAGUCACUGAGGAAGCAGAAGGACACGGUCGCAUACAACCUCGCCGCGCUCAAGUACAUCAAGCGGCAGAACGACGCGCAGCGGAUCGCAGAGUUCUACGAGGAGGAAGGCAUGGACGAAGAGAAGGUUCGGGAGAGGAUUACCGAGGGCAAGAAGCGGAAGCGUGUAGCCAUCAAGUCGUAGUCCGUUUCGUGGUAGUAUAUAUAGGUUGCUCAAGGCGUAGUGACAAAAGUACAAUACACAGAAUGGUAGUACAGAUCUAGUGUCUAUCGAUACAUCCUAGGAGGUGUCGUCCGUUGACG